AUGGCUGACAUCUGGCGUCGUUCUUGCGCAGGCAGAUUUUCUCUCUCACCAACCGGCCUCCUCUUCGCCUCGUUUUGUUUCCUAUACCUUGGCUUCUUCCGGUAUUACCAUCAUGUCAGCCAUCGAGAUCCCACAUCUUACUUCUUUGACCCCUCCCGUGCCUACGAGCGUCGAUAUUCGUCAACUAGGAUUGCAGAAGCAGCGGAGUUUCUGAAGAGCGCGGAUAGCAUUUUGAGACCAGCACAGCCCGAGGACUGGACCCCUACGAUAUGUGUCGGAAUAGCAACUGUUGCCCGCCGGGGGGAGCAGUAUGUGAGAUUGACGGUGGCAUCUCUCCUGGCCGGUCUCAACGAACUCGAGAGAAAGAGCAUUUUCCUGAAUCUUCUCAUCGGCAAUACAGAGGCAUCGAAACAUCCAAUAUACUCCGAGAAGUGGAUUGAGACAUUACCAGACCGGGUACUGACGUAUCGACAAGAGAAUCCCGACUUCGAGCGUAUCAAAUACUGGGAGGACGGUGGAUAUUAUCGGAACAAGACAAUCUACGACUAUACACACUUGCUGAUAGACUGCUACGAUACUGGUGCUGAGUAUGUGGCAAUGAUUGAAGAUGAUACUCUGGCAGUGAAGGACUGGCUCCCGUCCGCCUUGCAUUCUCUCGAUAGCGUCAAGAAACGCGCAGUGGAAGGGAAAUGGAUAUACUUGCGACUCUUUUAUGUCGAUGAGCUUCUCGGUUGGAAUUCAGAAGAGUGGCCGAGAUAUUUGGUUUUGUCGACUCUGAUCUGGGCGCUACUUACAGGGAUAAUGAUGGCAGCUAAAAAAGGCUUCAAGAACGAGCUGAAGUCUAUUCCAACCAGCGCUGUUUGGAUUACAUCUUGCAUGUUCAUUCCAGCUAUUAUUGCGCUCCAUUUCAUGGCGGGAAGACAGACAAUGUGGCCGAUAUCCCCGGGUGUUCAUGAGAUGAAUAAAUAUGGAUGCUGCUCGCAGGGUCUCGUCUUCACACGCGCAAUCAUACCCGACUUUCUGGAGCAUACUGACUUGACAACGGAUUGGCUGGUUGACAUGAUGAUCGAGAAGGUCGCAGACGACGAAGGAUGGACGCGCUGGGCGGUGAUCCCGCCCUUACUGCAGCAUGUUGGAGCUAUAAGCUCGAAAGGACAUGGGUUUGAUGACUCGGCAAAGACUCUCUGGAAUUUUAGAUUCGGAGAUUAUCCCUAUUAG